AUGGCUGUUCCUCAGGCUCAUCUUGAUCGAGCGUUUGGUGUGAACAAGUUCAAAUCUCACAUUCCAAUCAUCCUUGAUUUGGAUGAUCAUAAAUAUGAUGUGUGGCGUGAGCUUUUCCACAUGCACUGUCUCACUUUUGAUGUAUUUGGUCAUAUUGAUGGACCAUCUCUCCCUACUGGUGAUAAUGACGCAGAUUGGCACAAACGUGACGGAUUCGUGAAGCUUUGGCUCUACGGUACAUUGGCGCAUAAACUCUUCCUCAACUCAUUUAAAACAGACGGCACAACAAGAGAUAUAUGGAUCCAUAUAGAAAAUCAGUUUCGAAACAACAAAGAAGCAAGGGCUAUUCAACUCGACAAUGAGUUAUGUACCACUGAGAUCAGCGAUAUGACCAUUCAGGCCUACUAUCAAAAGCUGAAAUCGCUAUCGGAUCUUCUCACCAUUGUUGAUGCUCCCGUUACUGACAUAACUCUUGUCAUGUAUCUCCUAAAUGGACUUAAUGAAAAGUUUGAUAACAUCAUAAAUGUAAUCAGGCAUCGGGAACCCUUUCCUUCAUUUGAAUCAGCUCAGUUGAUGCUCGAGAUGGAGGAAAAGAGAGUCAACAAGUCCACAAAAAGUUGCUUCGUUGUCUGUCACUGCCUCAUCCUCAACAGUUCUAGGUCGUGGAGGACAAGUCAGCCAACAUCUCUCCUCACCGAAACAACAAUCAAGGAUACAAGAACAACAGAGGAAACAUGCGUAGCAACAACAACAACAGAUUCAGUGGUUGUGGCAACAACAACAAUCGCUACAACAACCAGAAUUGGGGUCCUAACGCAUAGAAUAUUCUGUAGAUAG